AUGAAGCAGAAUGCAUUGAUCGGAUUGUACACGAGAAAUUUCAAAAUGUGCACCACACAGUUUCAGCAACUGAGAAGUAUUUAGUGGGAGUCGAAUCUCGUACUGGUGGAGUGGAAUCAAUGUUGAAAGUUGGAUCAGGAGGUGUUUAUUUUGUGGGAAUAUGGGGAAUGGGUGGUGUGGGGAAGACAACGGUCGCAAGAAAAAUCUUUGACAAUAUUUCUAAUCAGUUUCAAGGGUCUUGUUUUCUUGCAAAUGUUAGAGAAGAAUCGAAGAAGCAUGGGAUAAAACACUUGCAGAAGACACUUCUUUCAAGAAUCUUAAAUGAAAAAUCUUUGAAGGUAGCAAGUUUUUAUGAAGGAGCUGACAUGUUAAAAGGAAAGUUUUGUCUCAGGAAGGUUUUAAUUGUUUUUGAUGAUGUGGAUGACAACCACCAGUUGGAGUAUUUAGUUGGAAAGCAUGAUUGGUUUGGUGAUGGCAGUAGAAUCAUUACAACAACCCGAAAUGCAGAUUUACUUCGUUGCCACGACGAGUUAUAUUCUGUCCCUGAAUUGGCGAAAUGGGGGGCUCUUGAACUUUUUAGUUGGCAUGCCUUUCAGAAGAGGACUCCAGAUAAAGAGUUUUUAAAACUCUCUAAGUCUGUAGUAGAUUAUGCUAAAGGUUUACCCUUAGCUCUUACGGUAUUGGGUUAUUUUCUCUACAAACGAGGCAUAACUGAGUGGAGAAGCGCAUUGGAUAGACUCAAAGAUACUGGAUACGAAGAAAUUGUUAAGCAGCUCAGCUUAAGUGUAGAUGGAUUGUCCUGUGAAGACAAGAAUAUAUUUCUUGAUAUUGCAUGCUUCUUUAGAGGAAAAAGGAGAGAUUUUGUGAUAGCAAUACUAAAUAGUUUUGGCUUCAAAUCAGAGAUUGGAAUAGAUGUCCUUACAAAGAAAUCACUUCUUUAUAUUUCAGAAGGAAUAGUUGAGAUGCAUGAUUUGAUUGAACAAAUGGGUCAGCAAUUGGCACGUGAUGUUGAUCAGGACAAACCGUGGAACCAUAGUAGAAUAUGGCAUGAAAACGAUAUAGAAACUGUUUUUUCUGCAAAUCAGUGGACAGAGUCAGUAAAAGGCAUAAUGGUACCAAUUGGCUCAGACCGACAUAUAUGCAAGUGGAGCAAAGCUUUUAGAAAUAUGCCUUGUCUUAGGUUACUCAUGGUCAAAGGGGAGGAGGUCCGACAUUAUGAACAAGUUUCUGGCACUAUUGAAUAUCUCCCCAGUAGCUUGAAAUGGCUUGAUUGGUCUUACUACAGUUUUGAAUCUUUACCAACAAAUUUUCAACCAAGAAACCUUGUUGGGCUCAAUAUGACUUUUAGUUCUCUUGUUGAAAUUUGCAAGGAACCAAAGAGUAAUUUACUCCGAACACCCAAUUUUUCUGAGAUUCCAAACCUGCAGAGGAUAAUACUGAAAAGUUGUUUAAGCUUGAAAGAUGUUCAUCCAUCCAUUGGCAAUAUCAAAAAGCUUGUUUCUCUGAACAUGAAGAACUGUAAAAAUCUCAAGUUUUUACCGAGCAGUAUUCAAAUGGAAUCUCUUGAAAGCCUCAACCUCUCUGGUUGUGAGAAAUUAGAUACUCUUCCAGAAAUUCGGGGGAAUAUGGAAUUGCUAUCAGAGAUUCUUUUGGGACGUACUGCAAUUCGGGAACUACCCUCAUCAAUAGGACGGCUCUUGGGUAUUAGUUUGCUUGAUUUGCAUUCAUGUGAAAAUCUUGUAAGACUCCCAGCCAGUGUUAGCAAGAUGAGAAAACUGAAAGUUUUAAUUCUUAAAGGCUGCUUAAAACUGGCCACUUUUCCAGAAAGCCUGGGUGAUCUAGAAGAAUUGGAGGAGCUCUAUGCUGGAAACACUGCCAUUUGGCGACUACCAGAUUCUAUGGAAAACUUAAGCAAACUUAAAAUCCUAUCAUUAAAAGGUAGACGGGAGAUGAAGUGUCAAUCUGCUACAGGUUUGAUAUUCCCUUGUGCAUUUCAGGGUUUGAGGGAAUUGAAAAGUUUGGAUCUCAGUGGAUGCAAUUUAUCUGGUGACAAGAUUAAUGCUCAUAAGUUCUUGACUUCUCUAUCGGAACUAAACCUUAGCAGAAACAAGUUUAUUUCUCUACCUGAUGGCAUCAGUCAACUUUAUCGACUUCGAUAUCUCAACAUAACACACUGUCAUGAACUUAAGAAACUUCCCGAACUUCCUCAAAAUAUAAAGGAAUUGUAUGCAGAAGAUUUUCUGGCCAGACAAAUUAUGCUAGCUAUGUCGAUAUACCGAAGGUUGUGUUUGGUCUCAUUCACCAACUAUAGUUUUGAUCAACAACCGUACACAGAGAAGAGCGAUGAUAACUCAGUUUUGGAUGAGAUUCUGAGCUUGUUUCUUUUAGACAGCAUGGAUGAUAGGAUGACUUAUUGUAUUAUCUUUCCUGAACGUGCUAUCCCCACAUGGUUUAAACAUCAGAGUACUGAGGAAAAGAUCUUGCUUAAACUGCCCGAGGAUUGGUAUGAUGAUGGGUUUGAGGGCUUUGCUAUAUGCUGUGUCACUUGCAUGGGGGCAGGUGUCCACGAUCCUGUUUCAGGGCUAUCAGGGAAGUAUGACUAUACUUUCAUCAAAGCCAAAUUGAUAUGCAAUAAUCAUCUGGAAAGUUUAAAGUGCUGGAGAAAGAGUACUUCUGGCACAGAAGCUAUAAACUUUAACCAGUAUGGCCUAUUCGAGGCAUCUAUCCAAAGGCACAUUGCGAGACGUUGGGGAGUUCAUUUGAUUUACAAGUCUGCAAGACAAUUUUUCGAGAGUAGAACUGAGAAAGGGUUGCUUGCCCAGAAGUUGAGUAUAAAGCUCCUAAUGUCAAACUUGAAUUUCUAA